CUGUGUAUAUUUUUAAACACACUGUAACCUGUUUAGAGGUUUUUGUUUUUUCCCAAUCUGGAUAUGUCUUUACUGAGCAUCUAUAUUGUUUCCUGAUCACAUUAGAUGAAUCUUAUAUUUUUGGUUGUGAGUCUAGCCUUUAACGGCUGAGCCAUCUCUCCAGCCCCACAUUAGAUGAAUCUUAAACUGCUGCAUCAGCCACAGGCACUGCUCAUCUUAGUGAAUGGCACUAGUGCGUGGUGGUUGGCAGCUGGUUUCAUCCCGCAGGCAGCUGCUGCUGGGGAGAUGUGCGUCCGUGCGGUGGCCAGUCUGAGAAACACGAGACUAGGAAGCCACAUUUGGCUCUGUUCUUGUGUGUUUAGAACUUUUUAAAGCUUUCUUAGUCGUAUGUGCAUGUAGGUGCUGGACAUUUGGGUGACAUUCCAUGAUCAGAACAUAACCCAUAAUUGAAUCUCAUGUGGAUGUCAAGACAGUUGAUUUUUUUUUAUUUGCUUCAUCUGUUCUGUGCUGGUUUACUAAAAACAAACACCACCAUAUACUGGAGACCCCCAGCAACAGCAGGCCUUCCAGAUCCAGAAGAUGAUGGAAAUCACAAGCCAGGAAGUGCAAACGACUUCAAAGAAGUAGCUAGUAAACUGACAGUUGACAAGCACUGGAGAAGAGAGGUCUGCCAGAUGUGUCCUUUUCACUGUGCUUUCACUAUAAAAGUUGUGGGAUUAGUGAAAUGCUUUCUUAAGCAGUAAAAGGUUGAAGAUGUCUAGACAGAAUUUAGUGGCUUUGACAGUGACCACCCUCCUGGGUGUGGCCAUGGGAGGAUUUGUCCUGUGGAAAGGCAUCCAGCGAAGAUGGAGUAAGACAAGCAGAGUGGUACAGCAGCAACAGCAGCAGCAACAGCAGCAGCAGCAACAACAGCAGCAGCAGCAGCAGCAGCAGCAGGUGCCUGGUAUGAGGGAGUGGCCCCCUCCAGAAGAUGCCCAGCUACCCUUUGGUGCACUGAGAGCACCUAGAGCCUUGUGGGAGGAGAGGAUACUCCAGGCAGAGGUGGUGACAGUAUCUCAGGAGGCAGACUGGAAUCAAAUUCAGCCCUUCUUUAGAAGAGAGUUGGAAGAUUUUCCAGUACUUGGAAUCGACUGUGAAUGGGUGAAUUUGGAAGGCAAAGCCAGUCCUUUGUCACUUCUACAGAUGGCUUCCCCGAGUGGCUUCUGUUCAUUGAUUCGCUUGCCCAGGCUGAUCUAUGGAGGCAGAACACUACCAAGAACGCUUUUGGACAUACUGGCAGAUGGCACCAUCUUGAAAGUAGGAGUGGGAUGCUCAGAAGAUGCCAACAGGCUUCUACAGGAUUAUGGCCUCGUUGUCCGGGGCUGUCUGGACCUCCGCUACUUGGCCAUGAAGCAAGGAAACAAUAUACUCUGUAAUGGGCUUAGCCUGAAAUCACUUGCUGAGACUGUUUUGAACUUUCCACUCGACAAGUCCCUUCUACUUCGUUGCAGCAACUGGGAUGCUGAGAAUCUUACUGAAGACCAGGUAACUUAUGCUGCCAGGGAUGCACAGAUUUCAGUGGCUCUCUUUCUCCAUCUUCUUGGAUACCCUUUGUCUAGAAAUUCCUGUGAGGAGGAAAACAAUGACCAAGUCAACUGGAGGAAAGUCUUGGAGAAAUGCAGGGCUAUGGUAGACAUCCCAUUCCGAAGCAAGGGACUUGGCCGAUUGUGUGAAGAGCUUAAUGGGGAAGCACUGGAGUUUCAACAGAAGCCAAGAAAUAGGAAGGCUAAGCCUGAUGGAAUGAUGCCAGGCAGCAACCAUGGGAGAGACCCCAGGAAGCAUAAAAGAAAGCCCCUGGGGGUGGGCUAUUCUGCCAGAAAAUCGCCUCUUUAUGAUAACUGCUUUCUCCAAGCCCCUGAUGGGCAGCCCCUGUGCACCUGUGACCGGAGGAAAGCUCAGUGGUACCUGGACAAAGGCAUUGGAGAGCUGGUGAGUAAAGAACCUUUUGUGGUCAGGCUGCAGUUUGAACCUGCAGGAAGACCUGAAUCCCCAGGAGAUUAUUACUUGAUGGUUAAAGAGAACCUGUGUGUUGUAUGUGGCAAGACAGAUACCUACAUCCGGAAAAAUAUCAUUCCACAUGAGUAUCGCAAGCAUUUCCCCAUUGAGAUGAAGGACCACAACUCCCAUGAUGUACUGUUGCUCUGCACCUCCUGCCAUGCCAUCUCCAAUUACUAUGACAACCAUCUGAAGCAACAGCUGGCCAAGGAGUUCCAGGCUCCCAUUGGCUCAGAGGAGGGCUUACGCCUGCUGGAAGAUCUAGAGCGUAGGCAAGUGCGUUCUGGAGCCAGAGCCCUGCUCAAUGCAGAAAGCCUGCCAGCCCAUCGGAAAGAAGAGCUGCUGCAUGCACUCAGGGAGUUUUAUAACACAGAUACUGUUACAGAGGAGAUGCUCCAAGAGGCUGCCAGCCUGGAGACCAGAAUAUACAAUGAAAGCUAUAUUCCUCAUGGGCUGAAGGUGGUACAGCGUCACACCGAGGGUGGGCUGCGCUCCCUCAUGCAACUGGAGAGUCGCUGGCGUCAGCACUUCCUGGACUCCAUGCAGCCUAAGCACCUGCCCCAGCAGUGGUCAGUGGACCAUAACCAUCAGAAGCUGCUCCGAAAGUACGGGGAUGACCUUCCCAUCAAGCUGUCAUGAUCGCUGCUUCCUGCUGUUUAAUGUCAUUGGUGGAAGCCCAGAUGACUGGCUCAUAGUGCUAAGCUACACUAACUCCAGGUACUGCUGAUGGAGCAAGGCUGUUGUUUUAAGGGGAGCCUGUGGUUUGGAAUUUUAACUGAGGAGUCUAUUCUUUCUCCUCCUUUAUCCCCUGUUUUUGUGUGCAAGGGAAGCUUGGCCUUUAUUUCCACUCCCCCUCCCUGGAGUAACUUUGUCAGACUCUGAGAGACGUUUGUAAUUCUCCUCUCCACUGCAUUGCUUUCUCUGGGGCAGGGAGAAAACUUUCUUCUGGAGUUGAAGAAGUGCUCCAGAGUCAGAUUCGUAUUCCUAAUUUUAAUCUUUCUUGCUUUUCCAUAUUUGUUUAUUAGGGUCUAUCCCAACUGUAUUACUUGGAUUUAUUUGACAUGCUUGAAAACGUUCUCACUUUUGCAUAUAGGACCAAAGCCCAGCUUACUGCCAUGUGCUUCUUCCUUAUCACAGGGGAGUCCUUUUCUGGAAAUGAAUUUUCAGCUGGGUGGGACCCAAGUAUACACCCUUUCCUAGGAGAGCUUUGAUUCGUUGUUCUCUCCUCUGGAUAUCUACUUGGCGCCUAUCUCCUGUCCUGCUUCUGAGGGUUAUCAUUUCUCAGAGUCAGUGCCCUCUCCCAUCAGUGUUCACGGUCCAUUGCAUUUGCAAUACUGACCUCUCCUUAGCAUUUAAUUCGCUCCCAGAGCCUUUGACCAGGUGAGGAUGUCACCUCCCUUGGAGCCUGGGAAGCUGAGAUUAACUGAUACAUUAGAAGUUUAAAAGGGUAAUGUUUCAUCUUUCAAAAUGUUAGACUACUACUUUGAGUAUGAAAUCAAUUUAUUAGCAAUUAGUAUUUUUUCUAAACUAUUAGGGAAACUUUCUUAUUUUAUAAGCUCUUAACAAGCUUGAACAGAAUUUUAUGGCCAGAAUCCAACAAGAGUUCUAUUUUGGAAUUGUACCCAAGUUGGUUAUAACCUAUCUGACAUUGAUAAAUAAAACAACUUCAAAGCACAA